AAUUCGAACUGACAGGAGGGAGCGUGGCCGUUGGCGGCGGCCGGGACCGGAGGGGACGGGAGCGGCGGCGGGGCCCGGCCCGGCGGAGGCCGCCCGCCAUGUCGGCUAGCGGCUGCACCUUCGAGGACCGGUGCGUGGCUGUGCUGUGCUGCCGCUUCUGCCAGCAGGUGCUGAGCUGGCGGGGGAUGAAGGCCGCGCUGCUGGCGGACACUGACACCGACCUCUACUCCACCGACAUCCCGCCCUCGGGUACCGUUGACUUCACUGGAAGCUGCUAUUUUACUGAGAUCUGCAAAUGCAAACUGAAGAACAUCGCCUGUUUAAAGUGCGGUAACAUUGUCGGUUAUCAUGUGAUUUCUCCCUGCAAACCUUGCCUGCUGUCCUGUAAUAAUGGCCACUUCUGGAUGUUUCAUAGCCAAGCAGUCUUUGGCAUCAACAGACUAGACUCUUCUGGUGUGAAUGUAUUGCUCUGGGGCAACUUGCCAGAUUUGGAGGAAAGCACAGAUGAAGAUAUGUCCUGCAUCUCUGAGGAGGAGUAUAUCAGAUAAAUGUUAUCUACAAUAUACCACAGUAUCUUCCAUAGAUUUGUUGCAUUGCUGUUUGGUUUGGAUUAUUUUUUUUCCUGCUGGCCCGUCAGAGCUCAAACAAUACAGGAAACCAGGAAAUCUGGAAAGCAAUCCUAGAAAAGGAAGGUAUCAUCUUCGUCUUUCACCGUAGCCUUCCUUAGACUCCUGAAUCUGCCUAGCGUGUAUGUUCUGACUAGAGACACGCCUUGGUUAGAUCUGGAAAUGCAGAUGGAAGGUGCAUUUACUGACGUCUAGGUCUCUCUUGCUUUUUUACGUCUAAGUCUCAACAGUUGUUAAUCCUUCUUAACUGUAUUUUUUCUUCUUUCCUAAAACAGUAUUCACAGAGCAAAGUCUUUCAGCUGCUGUAAGUACAGCUUAAAAAUCUUAAGAAAUAGUCAGUUAAUGAAGUUCUGAAAGAGCUCUGCUUUUGUGGUCAGACAGAGCAUUGCCCAGAGCUUCUGUUCUGAGUAUACCAAGUUGCUGAAUAAGUGGCUUAAAGUAUUGGAGCUUUGGGUCUAUCAUCUGGCUUCUGCUUUUAGCAGCUUGUUCUGAGCAUCUGAGGCAUGCUAGGACGCUCCUGAAUGUGGACUGGGCAGCUAUCGUACAGAGUCUUCCCAGCUUCAUCCUGCAGUACUUUCGGGAUCAUGUUUCUGUAGAGACCAAGUUGAUCGUCCCACCCCCAGUGAAACCUAAAUACUGGAGUUACUUAAUGUCUAGUAGAACUUCAAGACUACACUGGAGUUUUUCUUAAAGUCAACAAUAAAAUCCAUCCAGUUUUAUGUCGGUCUUUGGUUUUAUCCCCUUAUAGGGUAGGCAUCUCUCCAAAACAGAACUCAAUCAUCCAAUUGGGUCUUUUCAGAGAAAGAAAAAAAGAGAUCAGGUUAAACAUUUGGUGAUCACACCUAACCUUACAUCCUGAAGCAUACAGACAAUCUGGUUCCUUUAAGAAGUAAUGGAUUCAAAGCUUAUUGUCUGAGUUGGUACAGCUAUAGUAUUUAACUUAUGAACUAAAUACUGUCCCCUUCAGCUAGUCACCUGAAGGAUCACCUUUAGAAAAUUCAAGGUACAAUCAUAUAAGAGAACAGAGUACACUUUUAAAUUCGGAUUGAUGCUGAAUAAAUCAUUCUGUAGUCUCUUGGAAGAGGUGCAAUGAAGGUAGAUCUGAAUUGUCUUAGUAUUUUUGCUGUAUGUUAUAUAUUUCUUAACUAAUUGUACUACCUCUUCUGCAUUGUUUAAAUGUAUAUUGGAAUAUAUAUGUGUGUGUGUAUGUGUAUGUCUUGUUUGGACUUCCUGUGUUAUGUCUGCUCAUUAA